GCAGAUCGUUUAGGUUUUAUUUGUCUAGAUUUUUAGAUUUCUGCCAACACUGUAGUACACUGAAGGUGAAUGGAAAUUAAUUAGAUGCUCUUAGCACUGAAAAUGACAUUUAAAAAAAUUCAACAGCAACACAUCUGUUCCUGUUACUGAUAAUUCCACAGACCUCACUGCGAACAGUUUUCAUUGGAACAACUUUCUACAGAAGAAAUCCCUGUGAAAGCAUGGCUAGACAUAAGCGGGACAGAAGCCAGGAUUUUAGAAAUACUGAGGUCACAAGACCAAAUCCUCCUAAAGGAACCCCCUGAGCACAGAAUGUGUUUGUUUUUGUUUUUUUAAAAUAUGUAAAUUAAAUUUCCAAAUCUAUCAGGAAUAAAUUGUGGUACAGAAAAGCUGAAUAUUUUUUUGUUUUUGUUUUUGGGCAUUCCCACUUUAUUUGAUAGUGACAGUAAAGAGAGACAGGAAAGAGAGGGGAUGACAUGCAGCAAAGGGCCCGGGCCGGACUCGAACCCAGGCCGCUGCAGUAAGGACUCAGCCUUAAUACAUGGUGCACGUUCUACUAGGUGAGGUGUCACGGCGCCCCUGAUGUGCGGAUGAAAUGAAGUGUUGAUAAAUUAAAUCAUGUAAAAGAAAGUGUCGCAUUUCUGCACACUUAAGAAGUUUUUUGUUGGCCAAAAAGUGGUCAAAUUUAAAUGUAUAUUGAGCCUCCAAAUCCUCAGCCUUUUACAAUCAGCCUAUACCUAUAACUAACAGUUCUUUAAAUUAUACAGUGUAUUUCCUGCCAAGUUGCUAAACCCCAAAUUCCCAGAAAAACCAUGACAAACAACAUGACUUCACUGUUGUCCAUAUUAGCUACAACCCUGGACAUGAGUUAGAAACAUUUUGUUUUGUUUGUUUGUUUUGGUAAUUUAAGUGAACCAACUCUGUACCAUACUUUCUAAAAAGCCAUCCUUUAUAAAGUGUUUAUAAGUUGUAAAUAAUGACUUUAUUAAUGGUUAAUGAAUCCUUUACUCAUGCUUUAUAGAUAGUUUGUAAGCCAUUAAUAAGAACGAAUAAAAAAAUCCCUUUUGCUGAUGUUUCUCCUUUCUAUAGAUAAAUAAGACAGGUAUAAAUGUUGCUAAGUUGUUUGUAAAUAGAUUUUGGUCCAGAUCCUCUGCAGCCCUUUUUGAUGGUGUAAGUGGUCGUACGGUCUAAUCAAUCAAAGGUAGUUUUCACAACCUGGCAACCCAAAAGUUGGUCUUAUUAAUGGCUUAUAAUUGAUAAAUAAAGCUUUACUAAAUGAUUUAUUAACCCUUAAUAAAGGGCACUUUAUUAGAACAUGGUAUCCAACUCUAUAACACAGAUUUCUACUUUUCAUAAGGGAAAAUGAUGAACUAAAGCACAGAAAAGUGCGGUUUUGUUUAAAUCAAUGCAUAGGUAGGAACAUCAGGGGAAACAACCACUGAGGUGCCACUGAGCAAGGCACUUAACCCGCAAGUGCUGAAAUGGAGCUGGAUAUUGGCAGACUGUUAGGUUGCUCCCAAGCCCAUGCUGUUGCUGAGACAGGACGAAGUUGACCUUCCUGGACAAGUAUUUGAAGAUCUGCAUUUCUCAGAAACCCCUAGAAGGUUGGCAAAGAGGCAAGAGGCAUUCAUCCUCCUCAUAUCUUAGUAUGAAACGCCUGCUGCCCCUCCCAACAUGUAGGUGGCUGUGAGUGCCUGAGGUAUAGAUCCAUGUAGUUUUGUGAUGUUGGGUCAGGCCUCUGGCGCUGGGUCAUCAGGUUCACGAACAGGCAUGCUAAUUAGCACACAGAAAAACAAGUCAUCUUUGUAUUUUGUGUGUCAUAAGGCAGGUGCAAAAUGCUUUCAAUAAACUGAUCAUCACGAUGUCUGUCCUUGUGUUUGGUUUUGACAGUCUUGCCUUUCAGUUGUCAGGAGACUCUCUGACACAUCGCAGUGAAUGUACACAUAUAGGCAGCUGUCAAUUCAGCAGAAUUUCCCAUAUUACGUGAACAUUAAUGUUUAAAUAAAUGUAAUCAUUUAAAUGUCGUGUUGUUUCCUGAGGAGCUCAGUUUGACGGCAUAAGCACUGUGUCAUCUUUUCAAUCACUGCUCUAGACUUUCAUUUACAGUCGUGCUUUAAUGUAACAACAUUUCUGUCUCCGCUGUUGUUUCUUUGUCUUUCAGGUCUUCUUUUCUUGUGUAACCUUGUUUUUGUUGCUGUGUAUAAGGUCUUUGUCUGUCAGCCAGUUCACACCUGAUGCUCCUCAGCCUCAGUGACUGCUUUGUUCAGUUUGUUGACAUCACGAUGUUGGGUGGUUCAAAGCACAGAAACCUUAAAUUCCUAUCUUAUGCUGCAGAUAAUAAAUCAUCUUAAUUUAUGUUUUACAUGGAUUUUAACAUGGAACUGACCUGGAUACUUUGUUUAGUAAUGUAUAUAAGGAAUAGUUUGGCUGUUGGUCAAACCCUCUUAAAUUGUGACUUAAGAUAAGAGGUUUCAUGUAAUACAGCUGCUGUGAAGCAAAGAGCCAUCUGUGGUUGGCCUGACCUCAUGGCUGUGGAAUGUAUUCUUUGUGAUAAAAAUAUAAAAUGGACAAGUGGAAAAACAAAUCUUGUUUGUGAUGGCAAGUAAUAAAAACAGGGAAAUCCCUGUAGUUCAUAAUGCCAUGGUGGAUUUUGGAUUUCCAUAUUUGGCUUCUCAUGUUCCCAAAGAUAACAAUCACAGACAGUUUCAGGUAGGGGGCUGGAUGUGGUUAAAGAGCUGCUUGCCAAAAAUGUUGUCUUCCUUACUGAAAGUGUUGUCCAUGUGCGCUAACUUAUAAAGACACUGUACAUGAAACUGAGACUGAAUGUAUAAUUUUUGUUCAGGUUCAGGUGUUGUUUGCUUCCUCAUCCUCAUUGUUGGGACAAUUUGUCCGCUGAGCAGCGUUGAUUGGUCCUGAGAAGCAGUGAUGUCACCGCCUGCUUUGAGGUCCCGGCCGGUGCAGCAGCUCGAUCAGACUCAAGGCGAGAGAGGAGCUCCAGGUGGAGUUGGCGCGCGACGGGAGUAGAGCUGUGGCUCGUGCGACCGCGACAGACUGGGAGGGCUGCCUUUGCACUGCCUUGAUGAACUCGACCUGGUCCCGCACACAGCGCAGCAGCCCGUCAUGGGGGACGGUGGCGCGUCCAUGCCGGUGAACUUCCAGAAUGGCUCGGGAAGCACCGAUCCAGCCGCGUCCGAGCAGUGGAUGGCGGGGAUGAGCGUGGUGAUGGGUUUGAUCGUCCUGUGUAUUGUGUUCGGGAACAUCCUGGUCAUCGUGGCCAUAGCCAAGACGCAGAGGCUGCAGACGCUCACCAACGUGUUCAUCGUGUCGCUGGCGAGCGCGGACCUCAUCAUGGGGCUGCUGGUGGUGCCGUUUGGCGCCGCGCUCGAGGUGCGUGGCUCAUGGCUGUACGGCUCCUUUUUCUGCGAGUUCUGGAUCUCCGUGGAUGUCCUGUGCGUCACCGCCAGCAUCGAGACCCUGUGCGUUAUCGCCAUAGACAGGUACGUGGCCAUCACCUCGCCUUUCCGCUACCAAAGCUUGUUAACCAAAGCUCGUGCCAAAGCGGUGGUGUGCAUAGUCUGGGCUAUCUCUGCGCUGGUCUCCUUCCUGCCCAUCCUAAUGCACUGGUCCCGGGACAGUGUGGACACAGCCUGCUACGAGGACCCUGAAUGUUGCGACUUUGUCACCAACAGAGCAUAUGCCAUCUCCUCAUCCAUCAUAUCUUUCUACAUUCCUCUACUGGUAAUGAUAUUUGUUUACGCCCGCGUGUAUAGAGAGGCGAAAAAGCAGCUGAGGAAGAUCGACAAGUGCGAGGGCAGGUUUCACAACACCUUAACCGGACUGACCUCCAAGUGCAAGAAGAGGCCGUCUAAAAUCCUGGCGCUCAGGGAGCAAAAGGCGCUGAAAACGCUGGGCAUCAUCAUGGGGACGUUCACCCUGUGCUGGUUGCCCUUCUUUAUAGUCAACGUCGUGCGGGUGUUUUGCGCAGAGGCGGUGGACAAGGACCUUUUCGUGUUCCUAAACUGGCUGGGUUACGCGAACUCUGCGUUUAACCCCAUCAUUUACUGCCGGAGCCCGGACUUCAGGAAGGCUUUCAAGAGGCUGCUGUGCUGCCCGAGGCAAGCCGACCGCAGGCUGCACAUCAGCUCCUGUGACCUGUCCCGGUGCUCCGGUGGAUUCGUCUCCGCUCUGGAGCCCGGCACAUUGGGGAUGUGGUCGGAUUGCGCCGGCUUGGACAACAGUGACAGCAGCCUGGUGGGGACCGCAAAACUGUCUCACUCUGAAUCACAACUGUGAAGGAAAACAUGAAACUUUUGCUGAGGUGGAUUACAACAACCUGGUGACAAAAACGGGCGUUGACUCCUUGAGCAUGGGUUUGUUUUUGGGAAAGGUAUGCGCAGGAGCCGUACCUUCCCUAGUCUAAGUGGGUCCAUUUUAUAUCCGCAUCAGAAAAGUCAAACAUCAGGCGAAAUCACCAGAAAUGUAUUUGAAAGCCAUAUCGAGGCAUCAGGACCAAUGUUCUUUCCAAGAUGCGCAAAUCUCGCAGAGAUGAUCCAAUUUGCCUAAUAAUAUCGACCCUAAAUUUGUAGGCCUAGUUAGGUGGAUCUCAUAAAUUAUAGUUGGUGCAUGCACUUAAACAGGAUUCAGUGAAUUGACACCCUUGUCAAAGAGCGCACGAACGCUCCUGUGGUUUUUAUUCAUUAUUCAUUCAUUAUUUUUAUUGGAUCAGCAGUACAGUGCUAUAUUGAGGAGGAUCAUCUAUUAAGGGGAAGUGGGUAUCCUAUAAGUUAACCCCAGGUUCGUGAUGGGUCACAAUCCUAUUCUUAAAAUAACCGCUCAGGCGCACUAUAUUAAACUAGUUGUUAUUUAAAAGCACUGGACAUGAGCGAGGCAUUUGUCAGAGUGACUGUACUGUAGUCAUGUAGUGCUCCACUCACCAUGUGUUUUACCUCACAGCCAAGUGCAAUUUGUACGACAGGUAUUUGUUUAUAUUAAACAUUUAUGUAAAAUAGACGUGUAUUUAUUCCGGCUGUCUUUUACAACUAAGAAAGUAAACGUGGGGCUGAUUCCCACGCCCGUUGUACAUAUUGUAGUAUGUGAUGUUUAGUACUGAAGUGAGGAAUUUGAGCCUAACUCUUUGUCUUUCUCCUUUAAGCUUUACAUGCUGUUGUGAGGUGGUGUGUUGACUCCUGUGAAAUAAAAAGGAACUUUCAUUGUUAA